AGCUCCCUUAGAGGGCCGGCGGCGGCGCGAGAGUCGGGCGGGGCCGCGGGGCCGGGCCGUGUGGGGCCGGGGGCGGCCGGGCCGCGGAUAGCGGGAUGGGCUGCACCGUGAGCGCCGAGGACAAGGCGGCGGCCGAGCGCUCCAAGAUGAUCGACAAGAACCUGCGGGAAGACGGCGAAAAGGCGGCGCGGGAGGUGAAACUGCUGCUGUUGGGUGCCGGGGAGUCGGGGAAGAGCACCAUUGUCAAGCAGAUGAAGAUCAUCCACGAGGAUGGCUACUCGGAGGAGGAGUGCCGGCAGUACCGGGCGGUCGUCUAUAGCAACACCAUCCAGUCCAUCAUGGCCAUUGUCAAGGCCAUGGGCAAUCUGCAGAUCGACUUUGCGGACCCUUCCCGUGCGGAUGAUGCCAGGCAGCUGUUUGCGCUGUCCUGCACGGCGGAGGAGCAGGGAGUGCUCCCUGAGGACCUGUCUGGCGUCAUCCGGAGGCUCUGGGCUGACCACGGCGUGCAGGCCUGCUUCGGCCGCUCACGGGAGUACCAGCUCAAUGACUCUGCCGCCUACUACCUGAAUGACCUGGAGCGCAUCGCACAGAGUGACUACAUCCCCACGCAGCAGGACGUGCUUCGGACCCGCGUGAAGACCACAGGCAUUGUGGAGACACACUUCACCUUCAAGGACCUGCACUUCAAGAUGUUCGACGUGGGCGGGCAGCGCUCGGAGCGCAAAAAGUGGAUCCACUGCUUCGAGGGCGUCACAGCUAUCAUCUUCUGCGUCGCCUUGAGUGCCUAUGACCUGGUGCUGGCGGAGGAUGAGGAGAUGAACCGCAUGCACGAGAGCAUGAAGCUGUUCGACAGCAUCUGCAAUAACAAGUGGUUCACGGACACGUCCAUCAUCCUCUUCCUCAACAAGAAGGACCUGUUCGAGGAGAAGAUCACGCACAGCCCCCUGGCCAUCUGCUUCCCAGAGUACACAGGCGCCAGCACAUAUGAUGAGGCAGCCAGCUACAUCCAGAGCAAAUUCGAGGACCUGAACAAGCGCAAGGACACCAAGGAGAUCUACACGCACUUCACAUGCGCCACCGACACCAAGAACGUGCAGUUCGUGUUUGACGCCGUCACCGAUGUCAUCAUCAAGAACAACCUGAAGGACUGUGGCCUCUUCUGAUGGGCAGCGGUCCCAGCAGGAUGGUGAGCCCGUGGCUAGGGCCACCGCCAACUGCACCCUCCCCAGCCCCUGAGGAAGAUGGGGGGCAAGAGGACCACUCUCCCCACCUCUCCCAGCUGCUUUUCCCUCUUUCUGUCUGUACUUGGUUUCCCUUCCCCUCCCUCAGUUCCAGAGACAGGGGAGGGGCUGCCACAGGCCUCCCUGUUUGAAGACCAACUUUGUCCCAGGUGCCUGGAAUGGCUGCGGUACCUGCUUCCCGGGCGUCUGUCUGUUCUGGUUGCAACCGCUGUCAUGUUCUGUGAUGGUGGGAGUGCCUGCCGGGUCUCUCAAGGCCUGUGUCUGGAGCGGCACUCACCUCUCCAGCCUGGGGCCCCUGGCUUCACCCAACACCAGCCCCCAACCCAGCCCGAGUCCAAAAAUGUUUACAGGGAGCCUCCUGUCCACCCCACCCCUCCAGCCGCUCGGAGGCCCCAAAGGAAAAAGCACAAGAAGCGUGAGACACCACCGUUCUGGAGACCGCAGUCCACCUGCUCAUUCUCGUAGCUUUUUAAAAAAAUGAAAGGAAAGGAAAAAAAACCCUGCAAACCUAGAUAACUUUUUAGAGAAAACCUAUUUAAACCUGUCAGACCCUGACCAGCGCCCGCCCUAUGCCCUUCCAGUAAUCCGUGCCUUGAGUGUGUCUGUGUGUUUACACCCACGCCUCUGCUGGCUGCCCCCUGCGGGCGGCACCUCUGCCCUGCUUCCAGGAAUUGGGUUCCAAGGGCUGUUUGACAACUGCCAGCAUCCCUGCGGGCCCUGCCGGGAGGUCCUGGGCCCCACUCCAUUCACCCCGGUGUAGCUCCUUAGCGCUGACCCCGGAACCGUGCUGCCUGCUGAGGGCCUGCUCCCCGUGCCCUUGCCCCUGGCCUGGGUCCUUCAGCGUUGAACACUUCCUUGCUUUUUUCACGUUUUAUGGAAUUGUUCACCUGGUUUGAAAUAAUAAAAUGUAGAAAGAAAAAGUA